GUGUUGCAAAUAUAAAAGGCAAGCCAUGUGACAGAGGGACAGAAGAACAAAAGCAUUUGGAAGUAACAGGACCUCUUUUUAGCUCUCUGAAGAGUUCAAGGGGAGGAAGGAGUGGUGCAUUUACCAAAGUAGGUAGCCGACCCCGUCAGCGUGACACGUAAUGCGGCGUGGCUGUGCAGCCGGGAGCUGACAGGGAGGAUGCUGCAGGACCCCAGACCGCCAGCUGAAGGAGAGAGGGAGGCUCUCCUCCGUUCCCGGCAGAUCAUUUCCCUGUGUGUCACCGCCAGAGGCACGAGUAUAGCUGUUCUCUGUUUCUUUGGGACAAAAGAAGAGUUUCACUGUUAUGAGCCCAGUGACAAAGUGUCAGUGUAGUGGCACUGCGAGGUUCGGGAACGGACACUGCCCCAGGGGAUCCUGGCUGAGGAAGAGAGCCCCGUCUCCCUGUUGGGAUUCAGAUGCUGCGUUUUAAUUAACGUGGAAGAGACUGACACUGAACAAGUGCUGCCUGACAACUGGGCAGAGAGAUCCUUUGAUGGAUUACAAUCUCGGCAAACUCCAACGCGAGAAGAAGAAUGACAGCUAAGACACUUAAACCAGACUUUUCACCAUCCUGGAAAGGAACUGGCUUCCAGGAUUUGGAGGUUUUUUAAUGCUCUACCUCCCUCUGCUGUUACCAGCGAGAAGUUCCUCGACAAUGGGAAAUCAUGUACUCGCGGCUUCGAUUUCCAUGCUCUCGCUCCUGGCGAUGAUGGGAGACACGGACAGUAAAACAGACAGGUCCUUCAUGAUCGACUCCGACCCCAGCCGCUGUAUGAGGCACCACUACGUCGACUCCAUCACCCACCCCCUCUACAAGUGUAGCUCCAAGAUGGUGCUGCUGGCUCGCUGCGAGGGGCGCUGCAGCCAGACAUCGCGCUCGGAGCCGCUGGUCUCUUUUAGCGCGGUGCUGAAGCAGCCCUUCCGCUCCACCUGCCACUGCUGCCGCCCCCAGACCUCCAAGCUGAAGGCCAUGAGGCUGCGGUGCUCGGGGGGCAUGCGGCUCACGGCCACCUACCGCUACAUCCUCUCCUGCCACUGUGAGGAGUGCAACUCCUAGGGGCGGGGUGCCACAGCAGGGAGGGGACUGGCGUGCUGCCGAUGGGAAAGGCUCCCAAGAAACAAUCCAGAGUCAAGCCGAUGCUCCCAGCACACGAUUGCAGCAAGGACAGGACUAACCAGGCUGGAAUGAAUCUGAGAGCUGAAGUGUAAAAUACCGUGGGGUGCUGGAUGGUGGAUGCUGGUACCACGGUGUACAAAGGAGAAAGGGCGAGGACUUGUUUUUGAGAAGCCUUUCUUUUUUUCUGAAAGGAUAUUUUUGAGAAUUUCUUCUUUUUCAGGCUCAGAUCUGACUACAGAGCUUUUACUGCUGGCCAUGGGCAGCAGGGGAACAGAGAGGGAGGUUAGCUGGAUGACAGCACUGAGCUCUGGAAGCCGAUACGUUCAGACAGAGGAUGGGCAUCAGUUCCCACAUACAACCUCUUAACCUAUCAACUUAUUCUCAGUUUCCUACUUAUACUGGCCUUCAAAACAAAUUGUGCUGUUGGCAAGGGUCAUGUGUUACUGAUCUAGCAGCUAAGUGCUGGAUGACUUUAACUGUGGUUUAGCAGAAAUUAUAAAUAAACCAUUGAAAAGUGAACUGGAUUUGAAAUGCCAUGCUGGGAAUAUCCAGCCCUAGCCAGCUGAAAUGAUUAUUUGCACCGUAUGUCAUCAGAGUUCAGUGUCUGAGUGACUCUUGAGAAGUAAAAGGUCAUGAGAUUCACUAUUACCCUCUAAAAGCCUAGAAAGGUGACACAUCACAUCUGUCACAAAGGCCAUUAUUCAACCUCUAAAACCUAAUCAAAUAUUAAAAUAGCACAUACUAAAUGGAAACAUUUCUUAACUUAACUUAAACAUAUUUAUGUACAGAACCAGAGCCACCAAAAUGAUGACUAAACCUAGGACUUAUUUUCAUCUAUAGCUCUUAGGCCAUUGAGCAAAUACUAUUUUGCCUUUUAAAGGCAGACAAUCCCAAACACAGGGGAAUCACACUGAUGUCCCUGUGGGAAGUUUAAGGCAGAGUCUGAGUCCCAGUGUUACGCAUUCAACGGCAAGGGCUGUGUUUCAAUUUACUUAAUGAUCUGCUGCUACUUGGUGUCCUGUCUGACUCACCAUUUGGCUUGGCAGCUGGUCCCUAUGCCCGCUUGUCCUUUGUGCUCACACAAGGAUGUAAGAGGCUGAGGUGGGGUUAGCACAAGCCUACAAUCUGUAGCAGAAGCUGUCCUACAGCCAGGACAUCAGAGCUGUGGGGUGUUGCAGAGCAUGGGUAGCCAGUGGUUCUCUGCAAGAAGCGAGGCCAUGAGCUGCUUUCCCCUGCAGGACCAUUGCAGAAAGAAAUGCCUCGAGGAGCUGAAUGAAUUGCAGCAUUCGGUAGGGUAUAAGGAUCUCAAAAUAACAGGGGAUCCGAAGUUUGGGAAUGGUAUUUGGUAUUUGCAGAGAAACUCUGUCCCUCCUCCAUUAACAUGAGAUGUUAAGGAAGGUUCAUUCACAGUCUCUUGUGUCUGCAAGGAAACAAUAUAAUUGUUCUUGUCUAAUACUUCAGUUCUUCUCUUCUUAAAUGGCAGCACAUGCAGUCAGACAGCAGCAUGUCUGUGAUGUUCACAUAAAACCAACGGAGCCAUUGUUUUGACAGAAAGUCAUGAAGGUGUUGAGAGCACCUCUGCUGUGUAAGGAUUCAUGGUCUGUAGCCCCUGCAUGCAUAGUCCUACAGUUAUUCCCUGGGAUAGGCUGGGUUGGCUCCCAUGCACAGCAAUGACUGGCAGGGCCCCACGGUAAGGACAGGGAGUCCUAUCCAAGAAUAGGGUUCAGUCCAUCUGUUCAACAGCAUCCAGUUUUUCUGCAGCAAAUGCCAUAUGCAGGAGCUCAAGGAUGCACACUGCCAUUGCAGGGAACUCCCAAGGCCAGUCCUCCUGUGGUUACAUUGGAGUUACUGUGGGUGGUCAGGCAAAAACAAAUUCCUUUGCCUCUGCCAUCUGACGGUGGAUAUGCAGGGGGUGUGAAUGCAGAGGUGACAGACACUGGCCUUGCAAGCCAAAUCCUGGAGUACAAUGGCAAUCAGUAGUGGAAAGGGAUGAGGGACAGGUACGACUGCAGACACCAGCUGAAGAGGUUUGUGAUUCAUGGGAAGGACUGUCUCUGUCUUCUGGAGAUGGCCUGGAGAUGGCCAGUUUUCAAUGACACAGAGCUGUGGGCAAACAAAAGAGUGAAUCAAAGUGCUGGAAGCUGAGGGGCUCAGAUUAAAAUGUCAAAUCCAGGACUGAUGAGCCCCAGUGAGCUCAUUAGACACCAUGCACUGUUUCAGGAUUGUCAGUCAUUCUUCUCACAUCUGAUGCAUGGUCUGAACAUCAAAGGGCGAGCGAAGGGAGCGUGAUCUGGGCAUUAUCACCAGACUACUUUAUAUGAAAGAUCAUAUGUGCGUCCCUUUCCCACUCUCUUUCAACCUCCAGCAUCUAAAGAUCCCAUUAUCCAAAAAAGCACCACCCCCUACUGUUAAUUAUAUAUAGAAAAUUCCAGUCCUUAUCUGAAACAUCAGCAAUACCUUUGAUAACCAAAUAACUGUACUGCAAAAUAUGCAUGACCUCUAAGCAGGGGUAUAGAGGCUGCUGCACACAAACAGAGCUAUGCAGUUGUCUAAGGAAUUGGGAAUGUUUGGAGGGUCACUGCUAUAUCCAGCAUCACCUCCCCCCGGGUUGGGCUGCCACUGGUCUCCUCUGCCAGUGCAAAAUGAGGGGGCUGUGACACGAAAUUUGGGUGCAGUUUGCAGCACUCCUGCAUGGCUGCAAAUGGCUAGGCUGGCUGGCUGGGACACGGCAGGACAGCAUGGCCCUGACCGUGGUCCUCUGGGGAGGAGAGAGGAGGGGGUUGAGCUUAGACCAUGCCUGAGAGAUUUAGCAAAAAAGAGAAUAUUAACAGUGAGAGAAGAGCUUGGCCGGUAUUUAUUCCCACAUCCCCCUCGCUAACACAGUGCCAAAGCUAUAUUUGCUCAAAUAGGUCUCACAGAAGAUAUUUGUGUUUCGACAAAAGCUUUUUUUCCCCCUCUCACCCCCACAUUCCAUGCACUUCUGCUUGGUUCCUCUAAUGAAAUCAUCACCUUGGGACCUCAAAGGCCAUUGCCAAGCAUAAAUGUUGAGGUGAAUUUAGCAUUAUCUAAUUGAACUGCUGAGCUGAAUAACUGCAUGGAAAGAACAGAACAGAAAUUAUGAAUGACAAGACAAAACAUACCUGUAAAUAGCUAGAACUUGAUAUUAAACAGUGAAUUAAACUUUCAAAUUCUCCUUUUGGCUUUGUCAGGCAAUCUUCAUAUUAACAUUUAAGAAAAGGAGGAGCUAUUCUUCAAAACCAAGUGCACCAAAGUCAGUUAUAAAACUAUAUUUUGACACUUUUUUUUUGUCAGCAUUUUAGGCAACUAGGUGCUGACUGAAGCACAAAGGUGCUACCUGAGGUAAAAUUCAGGUGGUGUAUUGAAGCAAAUGAAAAUGAGGCUUCGGGUAAAAACUACAGGAUCUGGCUCAUAUCUCAUAGUGAGAAGGAGUCUAAAUAGUGCUUGGAGAUGAAUUGGCUUCCUGAUUUAUUAGUCUGACACCACUGCGGAUACUUAAGCUCUGUUUUUCAAGUCAGAAUACUGUGUAAGUGCUUCUUAAAUUGAACAACAGGGAGGACAAUGCCCAGUUUUUUAGAUAAUGUUUUGGGGCUUUUUCUUUGCUAAAGCAUCCUUUUGCUGGCACUUGAAUGAGAAGGCUUUGUCCUUUUUUCCCCCCUCACUGCACCUCACCUUUCAGACACUGCCUUCCCCCACAGAAAGGCUGGUUCAGCUGUGAUCAUCCUGUGGUCUGCUCAAGAUGAGAUGUGAUACAGACUUUCGACUGUCACCACCCUAUGCCCUCCUUCCUUUUGAUUAACUUUCUGAGUCCAGCUUGGCUUUUGAAAGCCACCUGUCCCCAGCAGUGGUGGUGUUAUGUUUCAGCUGGAUUGACUGUACUCAUGGAGACCAGAGGGAAACACCAGAGCUCUGGUGGGACCCUUUGCUUGUAAGAAAAGCCUUAUAAUGCCUCUGUAGUUUUUGCCAUUCAGAAAUAAUCUGUGAUUUGCCUGGACAAAAAAGCCCAUGGCCUAUCAAAUUUUAUUUAUUCUGUUCCCAGCUUCAGUGGGUUAAGCACUUAAAGCUGCACAGACACAAAACCAGUUUGCUGGUUCAACCUUUAUAUGGAUCACUAAACUGAAGAACUCCCUUCUUUCCUGGAGAUGUGGCCCCUGACCUUCCUUACACCACCUCACCCUGCCUGCUGAUCUAGAAGAACUGCUGCAAGACAAGGGUUCCUGAGCCUGGCUGUCUCUCAGUGGCCUUUAUCAGGGCUUUUGUAAGCUGCUGUCACAGGGCUCAAGGCAGUGAAGGAGAGGCCAAAUUUGCUGACAUCCAUGGAGCACCACAGCCUGUGCUGGGCUUUCAUAUGAGCCUUAGUUGAGACCUGUGCACCAAAUCCUUGCAGAUUUACCAUGAAGCCGUGAAGCUCAGGCAGCACUGUGUAACCUGCAGCCAGAAUAUUUUUGUGAAAGAGGAGAGAAAUAAAAGAGGUUACUGUCCCAUAGCAAUAGUCUGCUGCUCUGCUGCUCUGUGUGUCUAACUUCAGUUCUUAGUCCCUCAUGUGAGAAAAGAGAGGCCCCUGAGCUCCCUCCUGUGGGUGUUUUUUCAGU